AUGAUUUUCCAAGCUUAUGCAAGCUGGAACAACCUUAGUGAUGUCCAUGAAUCAUGUCGAGAUAAGGAAGCAGUUUCUACAACUACAGGAGGAAGACCUAUCAUUGAUGUUCAUCACAUAAGAAGUUAUGUUAUCCCGCAGAAUAAACUUGGUCAGGACAUUUUUAUCAGAGCUGCUGAAACCAGGGGACUGCAAAAUGUAAUUCAGAUGCCAUCUGGAGAUAUGAAGCCUCUAAAAGUUCCAGUUUUGAAGAAUAUGCUAGAGUCCCACUUGAAGGGAAAUCUUUACAAGAAACUCAGACCAAUGGUAACAAUCAUCAUUGCAGAUGCAGAGUUUCCAAGGGUGGAAGGGUUGUCAUCUCAUCAGUAUGCUGUUACAGUCCGUCUUACUCUAGACCAGAAUCUCCCAAGUGGAUCGCUUUUGAAUCAGCAAAGUGCACGCACGUGUGGUACCGACUCGCCUAAUUGCGCAUCUUCUGAUCUCAAAUUUGUGAUCUGGAAUGAAAUGUUCUUCUUUAAAGUUGAUUCUCUGGACUGCUGCGUGGUGGAAUUUGUUGUAACUGACAUGGGGAGGGGGGAAGGUGAUAUUGUUGGAUACUUCUCUGCUCCUUUGAAGCAAAUUGCUGACACCCAAGACAACUCAUAUUCAUAUAAUCGUUUAAGUGGAUUGAAAUGGCUACCUUUGUCCUCAUUGGAAUCCAGGACAAUUACCCAAGGAAAUAAAGAUAAAAACUCAUAUGGGAAAAUAAGAUGUGCAGUUAUCUUAUCACCCAGGUUUGAAGUUGAAAACGGUGAUCAGUGUUUUGGUGGGAGCAGCAAAUCUGGUUUUAUACAGAUUAGUCCCACAAGUGAAGGGCCUUGGACGACAGUCAGGCUGAACUACGCUGCACGUGCUGCUUGUUUGCCAUUUGGCAAGGAUGUUGUCGCCAGUGAAGUAACUGCAAAGGAUGGAAACAGAUAUGUAACAAUUAGAUCUCUGGUUUCGAUUCGUAACAACACUGAUUUCAUACUUGAUUUGUGCCUCAAGCUCAGAGCUUCCAGUGAAAACAUGAUGUCACUAGAUGCUGCAGGAAGGGAAAUGCAAUUGGAUGGUAACCAAUUUGAGACAGAUGAGUUCUUUGAAACUCAAAAGUAUAACCCAACAAGUGGCUGGGUUGGUGUUUCAGUUCACACUAAUUUAGACUACCCCGAUGAUGAUGGAUCUCAUCAAGGAGCUUUGGGAGUUGAGUUGCCAUCAGGAUGGGAAUGGGUUGAUGAUUGGCAUAUAGAUAAGACUUCUGUUAACACUGCUGAUGGGUGGGUUUAUGCGCCAGAUUUUCAAAGUUUAAAGUGGCCUGAAUCAUACAAUCCCUUAAAAUUUGUAAACUAUGCAAGGCAAAGAAGAUGGAUCAGGGAUAGGAAACGGGUACCAGGGGAUGUCAAGCCACAAUUAUUUUUUGGGCCAUUGAAACCCGGAGAAACUGUAUCUCUUCCUCUUACAGGUUUGACCGAAUCUGGAUUGUAUAUUCUUCAGUUGAGGCCUUCGAAUCUGAAUAAUAAUAACGAAUAUGCAUGGAGUUCUGUAAUGGAUAGACCUGAUCAGUCGGAGGAUAUUGGUAGACCUAAACAAAACUCUGAAAUAUGUGUCUCAUCCCUCACUGAAUCUGAGAAACUUUUUUAUUGCUCUGAAGUUAUUGGAAGCACAUCAAAUAGAUCACAUGGAAUGUGGUUCUGUGUGGCCAUACAAGCAAUGGAGAUUGCAAAGGACAUUCAUUCUAAUUCCAUUGAGGACUGGAAACUUGUGGUGAAAGCUCCUCUAUGUAUUACCAAUUAUCUUCCUUUUACAGCUGAAUAUUCUGUUCUUGAGAUGCAAGCCAGUGGUCAUUUUCUUGCUUGCUCCAGUGGAGUAUUUAAUCCAGGCGGGACUGUAAAGGUUCAUAAUGCUGACAUAAGAAACCCUUUGUUCUUUUCGCUACUUCCACAAAGAGGAUGGCUGCCAAUCCAUGAGGCUGUUCUCAUAUCCCAUCCCAGCCGAGUUCCAUCAAAAACAAUUAGCUUAAGAAGUUCAAUAUCUGGAAGGAUUGUUCAAAUAAUUCUUGAACACAAUCAUAACAAAGAAAGCCAACUGCAGGCGAAGAUUGUGAGAAUCUAUUCUCCUUAUUGGUUUGCAAUUGCUAGAUGUCCAUCACUCACCUUAAGACUUAUAGAGAUGGCAGGGAGAGAGCCAACAAGGAAGAUUUCUCUCCCUUUCCAUUCCAAGAAGUAUGAUGACGUAAUUCUUGAGGAAAUCACUGAAGAGGAAAUUUAUGAUGGUUAUACGAUUGCUUCUGUAUUGAACUUGAAAUUGCUGGGUCUCUCAGUCUCUGUUGCACAAUCUGGCAAGGAACAUUUUGGGCCAGUUAAAGAUCUUUCUCCACUUGGCGACAUGGAUGGAUCACUUGACAUUUGUGCCUACGAUGAUAAUGGAAAUUGCAUACGGCUUUUUAUAACUUCAAAGCCGUGCCCCUAUCAAUCUGUUCCGACAAAGGUGAUUUCCAUCCGACCAUUUAUGACGUUUACCAAUAGACUUGGACAAAACAUUUUUGUGAAGUUAGGCAAUGAAGAUGAGCCAAAGGUUCUGCGCAUGUCUGAUGCACGAGUCUCCUUUGUAUACCGUGAGACAGGUGGAUCCAGUAAACUUCAGGUGCGAUUGGAAGAUACAGAAUGGUCAUUUCCUGUUCAAAUCAUGAAGGAGGACACCAUAUUUCUUGUUUUGAGAAAGCAUGAUGGUACAUGGAGAUUUUUGAAGACAGAAAUCCGAGGCUAUGAAGAGGGAUCACGUUUUAUUGUUGUAUUUCGCCUCGGAUCAACAAAUGGUCCAAUUAGGAUUGAAAACAGAGCAAGCAGCAAGAAAAUAAGGAUACGCCAAUCUGGAUUUGGUAAUGACGCCUGGAUUCAGUUAGAACCUCUUUCAACGGCAUGUUUUUCUUGGGAGGAUCCAUAUGGCCAAAAAUUUAUGGACGCGGAAGUCUGUAGUGGCAGUACUACUGCAGUCUGGAGACUUGACUUGAAUAAGUCGGGAAUAUGUCCUUUACGUGAUGGAGGACUAGCUUUACUUUUUCAUGUUGUAGAGAUAGGUGAUGUCAAGGUUGCUAGGUUUGUAGAUGAGAGGACAUUAGGAUUGAGUUCAAAUGACGGAAGCAGGUCUUUAACACAUGAGGGAAAUUGGGUAAAUCCUCGCAUGCAGAGCAAGAUGCCGGAGACUGCAGCUCCUCUGGAGGUUAUAGUAGAAUUUGGAGUUUUGGGGGUUUCUGUUGUGGACCAUAGACCAAAGGAGCUCUCGUACUUGUACCUGGAAAGGGUCUUCAUAUCCUAUUUGACUGGUUAUGAUGGUGGGACAACAAGCAGGUUAGAGCUUCUUCUUGGGUAUUGUUUGCUUUCAUUAUUCCACCUAAAUGUUGGCUUUCUUACCUUGAAAGACUUUGAUAUGACAAUUUUGGACCGUGUUCCAUCUGGGCUGGCUUGUUGGAAUGUAUUUGUGCAGAGAGUAGCAAUACUAUCUGUCAUGACACAUUUUUUAUGUUUGUUGAUGUUCCAAAUGUUAUUGCGCCUGAAGCUGCUGGCUUUAGAGACCUAG